UAAAGAAUUUUUGGGAAUUUAACAGUUUACAUUAAGAACUUUCACUUAAAGAUUUCUUAAGAAGAGUUUUUAAGAAAAAAUGUUAAAUUUUAAAGUUGUUUUUUUAUUGAUGGCUCUAACAGCUCCUGGUAUGUUUGCCUUAAGCUGUAGGGACCUAGAGGAUGCCGAAGCUAAUGGUGAAAUACCGGCUGUAAUGCCAGACGAGGCUCAAGUAAAAAUCAACUGGGGUCCAGUUUGGGAUGAUAUUGAGGGUAAUAAUGAAUUUGUUGUAAGAAAUUUAGAGGUUGAAAGUGAGGAAGACAAUCAAAACUGUGAGGCCCCCAAUGGCCUUGGACUUAAAAAUCUCUUCGUAGAGGUAGAAAAAUUAUUACCCCAACAAAAGAUUAAAACCAUAGUAAAAUCUUAUGCUGAAGAUCCCGAAGUGAAAGCUUUAAAAGCUUUCAUUCAGAGUCCUCAAACUCAGGAGAAACUUAAAAUCAUACAAAACUCUCAAGAAUAUCAGAUACUUAAAGACUAUAGCUGCCGCAUUCUACAUAUUGAUUUAGUCAAAUAUAAUAAAUUAGCCAGAACUCUUAUAAAUCCCUCACUAAAUCGUGCUGACUAUCGCAAAGGUAUUCGUGGUCUUAUUAACGAAGUCGAUGCUGUAUUACCACGUAAAGAGUUGCGUGAACUUUAUCAAAAUCUUUUGGCUUCAGAUGAGGAAUUAGCUAAGGCCGUGGCAAAUUUAAAAUCACCAAAAUUCCAUCAGUUGUUAUUGAAUGUUAAGAAUAAUGUUCCCGAGUAUAAGGAGUUGACUAAACAAUUGAGUGGUUUGGGUGUGCCAAUUGAGGAAAUGCGUGAACGUUUGGCCAAUGCCUUAGGAUGGGCUCCAGAAUUGGGAUUGUUUGUUUAGAGAACAGUUGGGAUAUUUGGAAUAUAUAUACGUUAAUGAUUAUGAUUAUUACUUAUUGAUUACUUGAUUUAAUUAAUUAUGGAUUUUAAAAUAAAGUUGCAAAAAAUACUUCAAAAAUAAA